UAAAAAUAAAAAGGCGUGGGGUGUGGCUUAAGGGUUAAGUGUCCCUGGGUUUAAUCCCUGGUAGGAAAGAAGGAAAGAAAAGGAGGGAGAGGGAAAGAAAAUGCAGAUGUCUGUUCAGAUUUAGCUUCCUUCCAGAGCCUUGUCUGGUCACAUAAAAUAGUCCGGGACCCCUCUCCAAAACAACGGAUUGAUUUUCACCCCCACGAAAGGUCCCCGGGAGGCGCUUCGGCCAGCAGAGGACGCCGGAGGUCCGCGACCAGGACAGUGGGGCAGACCUGGGGCAGGAGCAACUCGGCGAGACCCUCUCCCAAAAUAAAAUAAAGGGCUGGGCAUGUGGCUCAGGGCCUCAAAUCCUGGUAAAUAAACAAACAAAGAAAUAAAAAUAAAAACAAAAAAAGUCACUUCGGCUUCCCCUGCAAGAAGGGCCACGCCCUCGCCCUGGCGCAGACCCCGCGAGGGCGGGGCUCACGGUGGAGCCCUCGGACCUGCGCUGGGCCCAGGAGGGUGCUGCUCCACCUCCUGAUCGCCCCGUCCCCACGCCCUCCCUCCCCAGCGCAGGUGCUGGAACCCUUGGGGGAAAAUGGAAAACGAGGCAGUGGGUGCUUGGAGCUUGUGGGGGCCCGUGGCUGGUUUACCCUUCCCCAAAUCCUCACGUGAUGGGAGCCACUUUGUGACCCAGCUAGGAAAAGGUGGGGUUGGAAAUCAUUCAACAAACACCUGAUUGAGGCUCCGCUACCUGCUACCUGCUUUGAAGAUAACAGAAUAGGAUAAUUGGGUAGAAACUGGGUGCUGAGGUGGGUGGGGUCUUGCUUUAUACUCCCUGGAGGAGGUGACUUAGUAACUAACUCUCCUCCCGCUCUUCUCUCUCUCCCUCCCUCCCUCCCUUCUUUCUUUUCUUCUAACCCAGGGCCUCGCACAUAUUAAGUGUGUGUGCUCAUGUGUCUUAAGUUAUGUCAUUCACACCCAACCGGGUUGGAUUAUCUGUAUACAGUUUAAAGAUUAAUAACAGGCUAGGGAUGUAGCUCAGUGAUAAAGCACCUGCCUCCUGUGUACAGGCCCCUGGGUUCAGUCUCCAGAACUUCCAAAAAGAAAGAGAGAGACACUAAUAAUAAAGAUGCUUCCCUGAUUGGAAAACAGAACAUCACCAGAAUUCUAAACUUCCCAGGCAACUUCUCUUUAGCUCCUCCUUUCCCAGCCUAACCCCAUUCAGAAUUUUGUAUUAAACAUUUCCUAGUUUGCUUUUUUAGUUUGAGACAGAGUUGCUUAGGGCCUUGUUAAAUUUCUGAGGCUAGCUUUGAACUAGCGUUCUUCCUGCCUCAGCCUCCAGAUCUCUACUUUUCUUUAUAGUUUUACUGCCUUGUAUGUGUGGAUCCCUAAAUAAUACUGGGGUGAGUGUGCCCGCAUUUGGCCCACAUGUAAAUCCAGCCAUCUGUGAUGCAUUGGUUUCUAACUUCUUUUGUUCAACAUUAUGUUUUUGAGAUUCAUCUCUGUUGUUGCAUGGAGUUGUAGUUCAUGUGUAAUUCAUCUUUAUGGGUAGAAUCCUUUUGUAGGAUUGCAUUACAGUUUUUUUAUACACAUAUAUUUUAGAUGUUGGUGGACUUUAUUAUUUAUUAUAGGUGGUGCUGAGACUCAAAUCCAGUGCCUCACACAGGCUAGGCAAGCGCUCCACCACUGAGCCACAAACCCAGCCCCUUCUAGUUUUCUUAAUCCACUCUUCUGUUGAUAAACAUUUGGGUGGUAUCCAUUUCUUUUCUUUUAAAAUAGGACCAAGGGUACAAUGACCCUUCUCUUGUUUGGUCUGGUUUGGGGCUGGGCAGCAGUUCUUAACUUUGGCUGCUCUUUAGAAGAAUCAGGGAGAUGUUUCAAAAUGCUCAUGCCAGAAGCCCCACCCCCAGAUAAUCAAAUCAGGAUGUGGGGGUGGGGUGGGGCCCAGGCUUAAGUAUUUUUAAACACUCUGUAGGGAAAUCUGCUGUGCGCCAGCCAGGGCUGAGAACCCCUGGGAGGCCACCGGUUGCUGGGAGAGGAGUCACCUGUUAACUGAGGUCAAACUUUUCCCAAGUAGUUGUGCCCGUUGACACUCUGGCUAGCCCUGACAUCCUCAUCAACACUUGAUAUUGAUCAGAUUUUUGCUUUUUGUCCUUCUGGUGAGUGUGAAAUGACAUCUCACUGUGGAUUCCAUUUGCAUUUCUCUCAUUACUAAUGAGGGUGGCUGCUUAGUGAAAUUGCUGCUGGAACAAAGAAUGAAAAAAAAGGUAGCCAGGUGAAGAUCUAUGGGAGAGAGAUUUGGUGAGAAGGGAGGUUGAACAGCAGGUGCCAAGGUCCUGUGGUGGGAAAGGGCUGGGAUGUGGGAGGAACAGAAGGAGGUUGGGUGAAAUCAUUGUUGCAUGGGGGAGGAAGAGAGCUGAAGAGAAGGUGAGCAGGGAUUGGAUCAGCAGGACCAAGCUGUCAUGGCAAGGAUAUGGGCUUUUCCUCUGAGUGAGGGUUGUGGGGGGGGCAAUCUGCUGCUCCCUCUGGCUCCAAGUGGAGCCUCCUGUGGAACUGAAGGGCUGUGGAGGGCGAUGUGUUCUGCAUCCCUCACCAGUCGGAGGAGGGAGGGUGAUUUGUUCUCAGCUGCUAUCCCAGCACCUAGUGAGGAAACCAGACACUUGUCCUGCCUGUCUUCUUGUUGGUGUGGGGAAGACUUAGAGGUUGUCAUGAUUCUGCCUUCCAAGUGAAAGCCAGUACCAUGGGCCUUGGGAUUUGUUUCUGUGGCCACCCCAGGGCCUGACACACCUCACAGGGGAGCUGGAACCCGAGUACAGCUCUCCCUCGGGCCCAUCCCACAUGCCAAUCAGACGGGGUCCUCUGUGGAGCUUCUUGGAUCCUUCAGACACGGGGCCUCUGAUUCUCGGGUGAAGGGCUUGCCUCUGCCCUAGGCUUGCCGCUGUCUCGGCUUGCCCACAGCCAUCUUUCCCGACGAAACUCGAAACAGGUCCCUCCUCCGCUGCAAAUCCUUCCUUGGCUCCCCAGUGCCCUUGAGGCAAAGUCCAAGCUCUCAGAAGCCCUGGAGGCGGGCAAACCUGAUUCCUCCCACCCCCGGGAGCAGCAGUUACUGAUUCUUUCCUCGGGCCUUCCCCCUCCAUAUUUCUUCACUUCCGCUGGAAAGUCGCGCGCCCCCACCCCGUCAGGUGACCAGCCUCUAGACGGUCACAGCGUCCAGUCUCUCCCGCAGCCCCCCUCCACCUAGCCCCCCUCCCUGUGCGUUAUAAUCCUGUUUACUUCGUCUGUCUCCCCCGCCGACCGAGGAGCUCCCGGGCGAGAGACCCUGGUGCAGCCGCAGCCCCAGGAACAGUGCCUGGCUCUGGGCGAAGCGAAGGGACGAGCGCAUUUUGGCCGCACGAUGCCAGACUGCUUUGCAGAAAGCCGGUGGCCCUCCACGUUGCCAGCGGCCACGGCGAGGGCCGGUUUCCUGGCAUCCGCCCCAGCAGUGGGCACCGUCUCUCGUCUGCGCCACGCUGUUUGCGAGGUGCCGCCAGGAGGAGGACCUCUCCGCCCGCGUCCAGAGCCCGGGCGCGGGCAGGCUGCGGAAGGUCGGGUAUUGGGGUCCCAGGCACCAGAGGCGCUCAAACGCGGGGCGCCGAGUUGGCGAGCACGGGGCGUCCGGCGGGGGUCCGGCCUCGCGAGGGCUCCCAGCGCCCGGCGUCCCGCCCCACAGCCUGCCUCCGGGGAGUGGAACCAGCCCGGAGCCGGGCUCCCAGCGCCACGCGGCGCGAACCCAGCCCGUCCCCCGAGCACCUGCUUGGGGCGUGGCCUUUGGCGGACGCGCGCCUCCGAUUGGUGCGGCGUUGACAAAGGGGCGUGGCGCUCAUGGCCCCGCCCCGAGGCUGGGGUAUUUAAAGGAGGCAGCGGGCUUCUUCACUCACAGCGCCGCUGCACGGCCUCGCGGGUGGUGUUCCCUGCGGCCCCUGCGCGACCCGGCGACCCCGGCUGCUUCAGCCACCAUGCCGCGCUCUUUCCUCGUCAGGAAGCCCUCGGUCCCUCGCCGGAAGCCCAAUUACAGCGAGCUGCAAGACUCUUCUCCCGAGUUCACCUUCCAGCAGCCCUACGACCAGGCCCACCUGCUGGCUGCCAUCCCGCCUCCUGAGGUCCUCAACCCCACCGCCUCGCUGCCCACCCUCAUCUGGGACUGUCUCCUAGCGCCCCACACGCAGCCCAUUGGCUGGGCCUCCCUGCAGCCCCAGGAGAACCCCCAGGCAGCAGAGCUGACCUCCCUGUCGGAUGAGGACAGCGGGAAGGGCUCGCAGCCCCCCAGCCCACCCUCUCCAGCUCCUUCCUCCUUCUCUUCCACCUCCGCUUCUUCCCUGGAGGCUGAGGCCUACAUUGCCUUCCCAGGCUUGGGCCAACUGCCCAAGCAACUGGCUCUGCUCUCCGUGGCCAAGGACCCCCAAUCUCGCAAGGCUUUCAACUGCAAGUACUGCAACAAGGAAUACCUCAGCCUGGGCGCCCUCAAGAUGCACAUUCGGAGCCACACUCUCCCCUGUGUCUGCGCAACCUGUGGGAAGGCCUUCUCCAGGCCCUGGCUGCUGCAGGGCCAUGUCCGGACCCACACUGGUGAGAAGCCCUUCUCCUGCCCCCACUGCAGCCGGGCCUUCGCUGACCGCUCCAACCUGCGCGCCCACCUGCAGACCCACUCGGACGUGAAGAAGUACCAGUGCCCGAGGUGCGCCCGCACCUUCUCCCGCAUGUCCCUGCUGCACAAGCACCAGGAGUCGGGCUGCUCGGGUGGCCCCCGCUGAGCCUGCCACCACCCCAGCUGCCUCCCCCAUCCAGGAGGAAGGCGCCCCGUCCGUCGCCCCGCCACGGAAGCCACCGAUGCCUGGCUGCGUGGCCCCGUGGACGUUGCAGGCUGCUGACUGGUGUCGCGCCCCGGGGGCCUCAUGGGCUUUGAAGGAGCCUCUCGGGCCUCCCUGUGGACAGUGGACGGAAGGUGGCCUUGGAGCUGCUUCCUGGCUUCCCGAGUUGGCCUCUGGGCUCGCGUCUCCAGGGCUGAGUGGAUGCAGCUGCUGAGCAACAGGACAGAGCGGACAGAUGAAUGGGAGCUCCCCCACCCCACUUAGGACACUGCUCCCCUCCCUGUGCUCCCACAAGGAACCCUCCGCCACCUUCCAGAGGUGUGACCAACUAUGCAACAAUCCCGCCCCCACGCGCAUCUGUGGGGCACUGGAGGGCGGCUUCGAGCACAAGGAUGGACCGGAGGAUGCCCCUGGCCCUGGGCAGCUCUUUAGCCUCCUGUUUGUCCUGGUGACACCUGUUUCACGGGCAACUUAACAAUGUCUCCAAAGGGACUGUGAGUUAUGGCCUUGCCUGUUGGGCUGAGUGGGGUGCUUCGGCCUGACCAGUUUGUCUCCCAGAGUGUUCCGGGGCCCUGACAGGCAGGCCUACAAGGACGACGUUUACAUUUUUAAAGGUACACUGGUGUGUAUAUUGCAAGUGACAUCUUGUAUUACGGAAACAUUUUGUAUAGUUAUAUAUACAGUUUAUUGAUGUUCAAUAAAGGCAUUAAUUUAUAUACUA